ACCCCUCUGCACCCCAACCAGACCCUGCCGGCUCAGAACCCGCGCCCCUCUUGGCGCGCCUUGCUGGGCUCCCUCCGACGGGGGCCCCCCAUCUCCCCUGCUGCCAUGGAGCGCUCCUACGGCGGCAGGGUGCUGGCCGCGCUCACCCUGCUGGGCCUCCCCGCCGCGCUGCUGGCGGCACUGGGCGCGCAGCUGCUGUUCCAGCUGCAGGCGGGGCGCGCCGAGCUGUGGGGGCCUCGGGGACCCCGGCUGCUGGACCCCGGCCCAGGGCUGCUCGAGGACGCGGCCGGGGCGCUGCUGCCGCUGGCUGCGGCGCUGGCUGCGCUCGCCCUGGUCCUCGGCCUCACCUGCCUGUUGCUGGCCGCGCUCUGCGGCCACCUGAGCGCUGAAAUGGCACGGGGUCCCGGAUCCAGCAGGUCCGACUGGUUCCUCUACGACUGCCGCCUGCUCAGACACGUGGCCCUCGGCUUGUUCUGCUGUGGGGUUUCCGUCUACCUGGCAGCGCUGGCCAUCUACGCCCUCCUGCUCUUCGAAAUAGAGACGGGCGCUGCUGCCGCCUCCAUCCUGGCUGCAGGAGCCCUGGCGCUGGUGGCCGUGCUGACCCACGCCCUGCUCCGCGCCGCCAGGGCCACGCGCCAUGGCUUGCCCCCACCUGCCUUCGAAGAAGAGCUAGCUCGCUCUGGCACCGACACCUCCAAAGCCAGCUCCCAUGCUCAGCCCCCGCAGGGUAGCCACCGCCGAGCCCCCUACCUGCCCUAUUCGGAGCCCCUGGCCACGGGCACGGCACCUGCUGCCCUCGGGGGAGGCCGGGAGAGCGGCCUCCCCGUGUCCCGUGUGCACCGGACGCUGUCGGCUGGGCUGGGACCCUGGGACGGGGUGACCCAGGAGAUGAAGAGCAUGUUGGGUCACCGGCCAGGGGUCAGGGGCAAGGACUCCACGCUGGUGUGAGCCGGGGGGCUGGGGGAGAGAGAAGCGGUGUGGGGC